AUGGAGGCUUUCCUGACUGCGCCAAGCACCCGCACCGUGGGUCCCUCCACAGUUCCACUUCACUCAGCGAACGUGGCGAAGCAGCAGUCUCUGCGGGAGAACUCGAGCGCCGUGGUCGUGGGCAGCUGGGCUGUCGUUGGUGCCGCCGUUGCCCUCACGCGCCGGGGACGAGGUCGAUGCGCCCGUCAAGCAGAAGCCACAGAAGCGGAAGCCUUCGAUGUGUGGAACCCUUCCACCUACGGCAACAUCACCAUGGAUGACGUGAAGAAGUACGGAGCAGCAGGAACCCUCUCCUACGUGAUUACUGAGCUGAUCUUUUGGGCGGUCGCCUUCCCCACCGAAGUCUUCAUCUACCUUCAAACUGCUGGCCACUGGCCCGACUUCAGCAAGCCGGAAGAGAGUGCCGCCGUCUUUGGCAUGGUCUUUGCUGCCUCCAACGUGGCGAGACUGCUGCUGCCGCUGCGCUUUGGUGCUGCCCUGGCCAUGGCACCCUGGGUCGACGAGAACAUCAUGCAGCGGUUCAGCGGCGGGCAGGAGGCUAAGCUGGCCGUCGCUGCAAAUGCUGCGGCAGAGCUGCGGGUUGAGGCUGCCAGAGCCCAGCUCGGCUCCGAAUAUGGAGAUGAGCCGGCCAUGACUCGCGCCGCAGCGCGACGUGUGGAAGCAGCGAGGCAAGAACUGCAGGCAAGGGCCCGGCCUUCGCCGCAGAGCGUGCCCUCAUCCAGCUCGGCAAGCAGCCUCCGAGAGUUUCUCAUGGAGGUCCGCUGA